GGUACAUUGACUUGAUGGUUAUUGUUCCACGAGGUUACAUACUUGCAUGUCAACGAAGUCAUCUCUAUCCAUCGGUACCUUGUGUUCCGUGAAGAAGUUUGCAAACUUCAUAACCAAUUAACCAGUUACCAGUAGCAGUCCCUCCAAAAAACAACAAAACAAAAACCGGUAGUAGUAGAAAAGAAGUUAUGGCUUUGUUCUCCUCGCCACUUGUAAGGAUUACAUGCCUUUUUAUUAUUGUUCUGUCGAUUAUGGGAGCCAUAUCAGUGGUUUUAUAUCUUUGGGUACCAGGGGUAUCGGCUAUUGUAGCAGUUGUGGUCGCAGGUGCGGUUGUGAUUGUUGUCUACGUAUUCAUUAUGCGCAGUAAGAGAAGGAAAAGAAUUGUUAGUGAUCAAGAGAUAGGGAUGGUAGAUGAAGGGUUAGAAGAUGACUUGAAUCAACUAUCAGGACUACCCUUGAGAUUCACUUACGAACAACUAAGAAUCGCAACCAAGAAUUUUGAGAAAAAGCUUGGAAAUGGUUCUUUUGGGACGGUUUUUGAAGGAGCACAAGAAAAUGGGAGAAAAAUUGCUGUGAAGCGCUUAGAGGCUUUAGGUCAAGGGAAGAAGGAGUUUCUGGCAGAGGUCAAGACUGUAGGAAGUAUCCACCAUCUUAAUCUGGUUACACUAAUCGGAUUCUGCGUGGAAAACAGCCACAGGCUGCUGGUGUAUGAGUUCAUGUCCAAUGGAUCGUUGGACAAAUGGAUUUUCUACAAGGAUCAACCUCUUCUAGAUUGGCAAACUAGAAAAGCAAUUAUCCUUGGCAUAGCAAAAGGGCUAGUAUACCUUCAUGAAGAGUGUAAAUGGAAAAUAGUCCACUUAGAUAUUAAACCCCAAAACAUCUUAUUAGAUGAGAACCUACAAGCAAAAAUAUCUGAUUUUGGCAUGUCUACUUUGAUUGAGAGAGAUCAAAGUCAAGUAGUGACUGCGAUCAGAGGAACUUUUGGAUAUAUGGCUCCUGAAUUGUUAAAUUCCAUCAUAACAAAGAAGGCAGAUGUUUAUAGCUUUGGGGUUGUGGUUAUGGAAAUAGUUUGUGGGAGGAGGAACAUAGAUAGGUCACUGCCAGAAGAGUGCAUGUUUUUGCUACUGAUGUUCAUGAGAAAUGCGAAGGAGGAUCAAUGGAGUGAUAUGAUUGACAAAAACUGUGAGGACAUGCAGUUGCACAGAUUAGAAGUUGUGGAGAUGAUGAAGGUUGCAGUUUGGUGUCUGCAAAAUGAUUACAAAAGGAGGCCUUCCAUGUCAACUGUUGUUAAGGUUUUAAAUGGUACCAUGAAAGUGGAAGCUGACUUAGACUAUAGCAUUCACUAUCCAGCAACUCCGGCAGCUACCAAGAGGGAGGAGGAGGAGUUGGGAUAUGCAAGUGCAACUCCAUUACUUCCGUGGACUCUAUCAGGACCCAGAUGAGAAUUAAAGAAAGGGCAUAUUCUUAUUUCAAUCACCUACUUGUUACUGUUAUCUUACAUGUUCAUAUGUUGGUCAUCUUCCAAGUUGAAAUACUAUCAAAUAAAAUACAUUUUCAUUUAUUUUAA